GCUCGAGCCUACGGGUGCGCAGAGGGAAAAUUAUGGGCUCAUCUCUGUUCAUCGUUCCCAUCUCCUUCCACGAGCAGGCAGACAGGCAGGCAGACACGACGACAGCGGUUGAGAAUGGCACCUGUUGCUAAGAAGCAGAACACGAAGUUCAACAAGGAGGACACCAGGCAGUGCUUUGGCGCACAGAUCUUUGAUGAGGAGCACGUGAAGUCGCUGAGGAAGUCGAUCAAAGAGUCGCAGCCCUAUAGAUGGGGCCACUUCCACCACUUGUUUGACGACACGUUGCUGAGAAACGUUCGCAAGGAGGUUGAGAAGGAGAUCCACUUCACGCUGAAGGAGACUGACAUCUACAAGGUGUUCCAGUCGGGCGAUUUGGCGAAUCUGUCCGGACUGGACUGGGACGACCUGUCCAGGCUGCCUUCAGUGUUCAAGCUGAGAGAGGCGCUCUACUCGCAAGAGUUCAGAGACCUUGUUUCCGAAGUGACACAGUGUGGCAAGCUCAGUGGUGUCAAGACUGACAUGAGUAUCAACACGUACACCAAAGGAUGUCAUCUGCUGACCCACGAUGACGUUAUAGGCUCGAGAAGAGUGAGUUUCAUUCUAUACCUGCCGGACCCAGAUAAGCACUGGAAGGAACACUACGGUGGUGCUCUGAGACUGUUUCCUGCGCUGGUUCCUAACGUGCCUGAGUGUGACUACUCCCAUAAGUUCAUUCCUCAGUUUAACGAGAUGGCCUUCUUCAAAGUGCAGCCAGGCUUGAGCUUCCACGACGUUGAAGAGGUCAGAGUGGACAAGCAGAGAUUGUCCAUUCAAGGCUGGUACCAUAUACCACAGAGAGGUGAAGAUGGGUUCAUUGAGGGCGAGCAGGAGGAAACAGAGGCGAAGUCCACUCUACAACAGCUGGAAUCUAAGGAGCUACAAGAGUACGACUUCCCUAAGGAGGUUAGAUUGCCAUUCUCCUCGUAUGAGAUCAAGUCAUACACAGAUGGUAAUCCACUGGACGCUUUCGAUUUGGAAUUUCUAUCCAAGUAUAUGAAUCCAGAGCUGCUCACCUCUGACAAGCUGGUGUCUUUGCAGAAGAAGUUUGUAGAGGAGAACCUCUUGCAAAUCGACGAUCUCUUGAACCAUGACUAUGCAAAGCAUUUGCACAAGCUGAUUCGCUCUCAUGAACUCGACUCUGUCAUGCCUAAACGUCGUGAAGAAGUCUCGUUCCCUUGGAAAAUGGCUGUUCCUCCUCAUAAAUGGAGGUUCAUGUACAUGGAUGGUAAACAACCUGAAGAGUGGACCGUCGAAGGCGUCAAAUUGGCCAACAACGGAGUUCAGGAAUCUCCAAACUUCCAGUUGACCAAUCAAAUGGCAAAGGAUGAGACUACAAGGGAAUUGACACAGUUGAGCUCGUUUAUGAAGUCUAAGAGUUUCAAAAAAUGGCUUAGAAUCAUAACUGAUUUGAUUCCAAUCUCUGACCAGAUCAUCGUCAGAAGGUUUAGACCAGGCCAUGACUUCAUCCUCGCAACGUCAGUUGACACUUCUGAUUCCAAACAAGAUGCUCUUCUCGAAGGUACGUUGAACUUGACACCUUCAAAGCAUUGGGAAUCUGGUGAAUUUGGAGGUUAUGAAUUGUGUAUGGCUACAAAUGACGACGAUGAAGAAGGCGAUGAUCCAGCUAUCUAUAAGAGCUCUGCUGAUGGUGACGACUCGGUGUUGGUGAACACUCAGGCGUGCUGGAACAAGUUCACGUUGAUGGUUAGAGAUCCAAGUGUCUUGAAGUUUGUCAAAUACGUGAGCUAUAACGCUCCAGGUAGCAGAUGGGAUAUCUCAGCACAGUGGGACAUCGACAUGAAUGAAUGAAUACAUAAAUCUAAUAGCAACAACAAGAAUAUAUAUAUAUUAGAAGCAAAUCACACCGGUAUACAUAUACAUACACAGAG